AUGUCACUCUAUGCGAGCGGACUGGCGGUCGUCAUUGCCAUCACAGCAGGCUACUUGAUCUAUGUGCUGCUCGUCAAGUGGACGCAGCACCCGAGCACUGGCAACCAUCACCAGCCCGGAUCGCCAAACCCGCAGAUUACACUGUCGACGCCUCCGACCAGUCCGCUGGCCGCCCCAGCCUCGGCACUCACCAGCCGACCGGCGAGUGGGUUUAGCGCCAGCCUCAGCGGCAGUCGCCCUGGCACGCCGUUGGACGCUGCUGCUGGCGAGUUUGGAGGAGCGGCAAUGUUCGCUUCGGCGGCUGCGAGCCUUGGUCUGCCUGCGCAGUUGAUCUGCAAUACGCCGCUGGUGCCGGAUUCAGACAGGGCGCCCGAGACAUGCGACUGGCUGCUCCGGCUGGCGCGAGUGGUGAUGCACGGAGCAGCCGCGAGCCGUGAACUGAGCGGCUGCGCACUCCUCGUUCUGAAUGCCAUGCUCAAAGACCUGCAGGCGCGCGGAAUGGACUCGGCUGUCAUGUUUGUGCAUGACAUGCAACUGGGCUCAACUCAGCCAGUCAUCUCAUCAAUUCAAUGGCUGAAACGUGCCGAUGGCAUUGCGUGGGAUUCGCAGGGAUUCGACGUGUCACUUUCAUAUACUGCCCCAGAUGCGUCGUUGGCGACCGCGAGCUCCGACCUCAAGAUUCAAAUGAGCGCUGCCCUUCCGCUCAGCGCUGGCUCGCUGCCCGUGGCCACCCACAUUGUCGUCAACGUUCGGCAGUUUACCCUUCCGCUGCGAUUUGUCUGGAGAAAUGCCGCUCCCUACCAAAUCCUCGUGUCUGCAACCGCGGAGCCAGUCCUCGACUUUGAAGUCUCGUUGGCCAGCACGGGCAGGGCGCUCGCACAUGUCGGAAACGCAUUUACUGCCCAUGUCGCGAAAAUGAUUAGCGCGGCAUUGCUGUGGCCGGGUCAGCAUGUGGUGCCAGCCGACGGCCUGACGUCCUCCAGCCUGCUGACCACCAUCCUCGAAAGCUGUCUUGCUUCGCAAACUUCGAGCAAGGCUGACGAGUUCCGUCUCCGAAAGUUUACAGCCAUUCACCUAGACAACAUUCGGAUACGCGUCGUCGAGGCUGCGGGCUUGGCAGCCAAGGAUCGAAACGGCCUGAGCGAUCCGUACUGCAUUCUCACGGUUGGGCCAGCUCCCGAUCAAACCUUCCGCACCCGCAUUGUGCGAAAAAGCCUCAACCCCCGUUGGGACGAAGAGUGUGUGCUGCGCUUGACGGCUGAGUGCCGCUCACUGACGAUCGAGCUGUUUGACAAGGAUCGCAUUGGCAAGGACGAUUUCCUCGGUUGUGUGGUCAUCCCUCUUGCCAGUUUGCCUGCCCAUUCAGCCUCGUUUACGCGCAAGUUCCAACUUGGGCCUCGCGCUGGUGAAGACCUUGGGGACGUGACUGGCACACUCACCCUCCAGUUCGGGCUUGACAAUCUUGACGGUGCACGCAAGCAAUUCUUGAACAAGCCUCUCGAAAAUACUUCGUCAUCCACGUCGCUCGACGACGCCAGUCGAAGUCCCCGCUCUCAUAGAGCAGUCACCGAGUCGAGCUCAGGUCUAUCCGUGGCCUCUGCGACAGGCUUGAGCUCGACGACGUCCAUGUCCGCGUUGUCAACGCCGACCAGCGCGCGCCCACACGAGGGGGGCAACUCUGGCCCAACAAGCCUGGCUGUCACGCCCACUUCGAGCGCCCCGAGUGUUGCAUCAAUGCGAUUACCUUCGGGAUUGACAGCGUCUACCCCAGCUCUCUCAGCCCCGUCAUUCGCCUCGACCGCAUCUUCGAGUUCUGCCACUCCGUCAGGCAAGAGCGUGCCUGGCUCGCAACUUGGACUUCCCGAGUCCUCGCACCCGUUUACGAGAAACGAGAGCGCUCGUUCCAGCACCAAGAGUACGAACCGUCGAAGCGGCUUUUUCGGACGUCGUGGCUCGGAUGCGAGUGCAGACUCAACCAUGUCUGCUCUCGGGUCGGAAACGGGAUCGACGCUGGACCUUGCCGAGUUGAGCGUCGCACUCACAACCGAGGACUUGGGCGAGAAGAAGCGGUCGUACCUGUUGUACGAAGUCAGCGUUCCUACCGAGGAUAACAGCAACGUCCAUCUCAUCCACCUCGUUCCCGACAAGACCUCGGGAAAGAAGGCGCCUGCCAAAGCCACCAAACUGCAUGUUUGCAACGGACACACGUUCGUCGCCACCCACUUCCCCUCCAAGGAGUCGUGUGCAGUCUGCAAUCAAUCAUUAAAGGGAUCCUUCGGCAAACAAGGGUACCAAUGCCGCGAGUGUCGAACGAUCUGUCACAAGGAGUGCCAUCGCACUGUCGCCAGUUGGUGUUCGGCCAGCAAAGUCUCCCAAAUCCAUCUCAGCAAGCUGGAAUGAGUGCAGACCGCUGUCGGUCGUGAAUAUUAGUUGCAAUUUGUUGCGCCCUACGUUUGAGUGAGUGAGAGAGUGUGUGAGAGAGAGGAAAGUGUGUCUGUGAACUAAUCGGUAUGACGAUCUUUGAUAUCGUAGUAGUAAUGAAAUUGUAUUUCACGCCAA